AUGCUUCCUAAUUAUUCCAUUGAUUCCGUUCAAGGGAUAAAGAACAUUAAACCUGGUAUGAUCAAAGGGUUCAACAAUUUACGAAAAUUAACAACUUCUCAAUAUAGAAGAUUGACUAUUGGUAUCAUAAUACUAUUCAUCUUGGUUUAUCCCUUGCAUUACUUAUCAAGACAUCCUUUGGAUUCCAUGGUUAAUUUCAAAUAUGUGGACCCAUUCAAUGAUGAAUCUCGACAAUAUACCAGUAUACAAAAGGGUGAAAACUAUUCAUUGGUUAUAUUCCCACAGAAUUUUACAAUUAAUGAACAAGAAGUACGCGUUAAAUUCAAUAUCAGCGAAGAUGAUGUAAUUGAACAAAUCUUAUCCCAGGACUCUACCAUUGUUCCAAAAGAAGUAUUUGAUGAACAAACUUCACUUCACAAGAUCAAAGUAUUCAAUUCAAUGUCUGAUUCAGAAAAUUGUGAUGAUUUUAAAACCGAAACACAAUUAAGCAUAUCUGAUAAUAAAAUAAUAAGACAAGAUUUUGAAAUCAUGUUGCAAAAAUUGGAUUAUCAAUUGAAAAACGAUCAAGCCAUCUCAAAAUUAGCUUCCUUUUUCCAAGACAAAUUGGAUUUCUAUUUGAAAUGGAAAGUAUAUCAUUUUCAUUUUUAUCAGUUUGCUGGAACUUCAGUUUAUUUGAAAAAUCAUGGUGUUCAUUUAAUGGUCAGCAGAGUUAUCCAUUCAUUAAAAGGGAGAAAAGGUGAUCCACAAAUUUCAUUAUUAUAUGCCCAAGUAUAUGACAACAAUUGGCAAGAAUUAACCAAUGUUGAUUUAGUAUUACCUGUCCGUGAUAUCCAUGGAGAGAAAGUAAUGCAAAAAUUAUCAUUUCCACGUUUUUUGCCAACUCCAUUUUAUCAUAAUUCCGAAUUCACUAAAGAAAGAUGGUACGGUCCUGAAGAUGCUCGUAUGUUACUUUCAGUAAAUGAAGAUGGUGACGAAGAACCAGUGAUUAUCUACAAUGCAUUCCAUAGAAAAGUUCAUAAUCAAACAGUGGUUCCAACCAAUGAUAAAAUGGUUACUUUGAAUUUUGAUUUCUUUCGUUCAAUGUUUAUUACAUGGCCAUUUAGAUAUCAAUUGGCCAAAGAAAACAUGGAUGGUAUUCCAAAUGAGGAAUUUGCUAAAGUCAUUUACAAUAAAGCAUUGGAAUUAAAAAUCGAGGGCCAACCUCGAAAACCAGUUGAAAAAAACUGGACUCCAUUUUUUGAUACAAACCAGAAAAAUUCCAAAGCAAUUCAUAUGGUAUAUCAAUGGGAUGGUUUACAGAUAUUGAAAUGUGAUCUUGAUAAUUUAGCUAGUGAAGAUGGUGGAAUUACAAAUUAUAGUUCAUGUCGACUUGAUUUUGAAGAACCAAUUACUGAAAUUCAGGAUGCUUUUGGUCCAGUUAGAGGAGGUACAGAAUUGAUCCCAAUUCCACUGAAUCCAAAUGUAUGGAUUGGAUUCUUGAGAGCUCAUAUUGAUAAUUGUGGUUGUGGUAAGGCCAUGUAUAGACCCAACUUGGUUAUAUUGGAAAAACAAUUGGAACAAUUUAAAGUUACUCAUUUAUCAUCAUAUAUGUCAUUGGAAAUCCCUGUUCCAGGUUGGAAAGAUCCCGAUGUUCAAUGUGCAACUAAAGAUCCAAGUGCUUUAAUUCCAAAUGGUAUUUCUAAUUGGGAAACUCAAGGUGAUCAAGAUGUUUUAACCAUGUCAUUAUCGGUUGCUGAUGAAAAAAAUCUACUUAUAAAUAUUCAUAAUUUAAACAAAACAAUUAAGGAUUUGAGGAAUGGAGUAUCAAGAAUUGAUUGGACAUCAAAGGAGUUUAAACUGAGACAAAUGAAAUGUGUCAUUGAAUACUCUAGUAACUUUUGUCAAGCAUAUGGUCAAUAUCAGUUAGGAAAAACUGGAACAUUUGAAUAG